AUACAAACUCAGAUUUUAUUGUUUACCUAAGAUACCCAAUUCAAGCGUCGUCGAUAUAUUCGAUUCUGGUUUGAGUAUCGAGAUAGAAGCCCCGCUGAUGCGGCAAGGCUGGUUUUGGUUUUCCUUAGCACCUGCCGUCAAUUUAGCGAUUUGACCCUAAGAAAUUCGCACACAAAAUUUCUCGGGGAAAAUUUCAAGUUUGACGACUGUCACUUCGAUCACUCGAUCAUCCAGCGAAGCACAUCAACAACUCCUCCUCGCCAACAAUAUUAAGGUGUACUUCGCGAAAGAUUCGAGUAUCCCUUCACAAUGGCCGAGCAACUUAUUCUUAAGGGCACUCUCGAGGGUCACAAUGGCUGGGUCACCAGUUUGGCUACCUCCAUAGAGAACCCCAACAUGCUGUUGUCCGGCAGCCGUGACAAGACCCUGAUCAUCUGGAACCUCACUCGCGACGAGUCGCAAUAUGGUUACCCCAAGCGAUCUCUCCACGGCCACUCUCACAUCGUCUCCGACUGCGUUAUCUCCUCCGACGGCGCCUACGCUCUGUCCGCUUCUUGGGACAAGACCCUCCGACUGUGGGAACUCGCUACCGGCACCACCACAAGACGAUUCGUCGGCCACACCAACGAUGUCCUCUCCGUCUCUUUCUCCGCAGACAACCGACAGAUCGUUUCGGGCUCUCGUGACCGAACUAUCAAGCUGUGGAACACCCUAGGUGACUGCAAGUUCACCAUCACCGACAAGGGCCACACCGAAUGGGUAUCCUGCGUCCGCUUCAGCCCCAACCCCCAGAACCCCGUUAUCGUUUCCAGCAGCUGGGACAAACUUGUCAAGGUUUGGGAACUCUCUACCUGCAAGCUCCAGACUGACCACAUUGGCCACACCGGCUACAUCAACACCGUCACCAUCUCCCCCGACGGAUCCCUCUGCGCCUCCGGUGGUAAGGACGGCACCACCAUGCUGUGGGACUUGAACGAGUCGAAGCACCUGUACUCUCUGAACGCUGGUGACGAGAUCCACGCCCUCGUUUUCUCCCCUAACCGAUACUGGCUCUGCGCUGCUACUGCCAGCAGCAUCAUCAUCUUCGACCUGGAGAAGAAGAGCAAGGUUGACGAGCUGAAGCCCGAGUUCACCUCGGUCGGCAAGAAGAGCCGGGAGCCCGAGUGUGUGAGCUUGGCCUGGAGCGCGGACGGCCAGACUCUGUUCGCCGGUUACACCGACAACAUUAUCCGAGCAUGGGGUGUCAUGUCGCGAGCAUAAAUCCUUUUCCCCGGGGGGUCGAUAUCGGUCAUUGAC